UUCAACAUGUCGUUUGCAAGCCCCGGUGGCUCACAGUCGCAGCCACAGUCACCACGGCCAUUGCUUAGCAUCGGUCAGUGGAGUCUGGAUGAACCGACGACGCCAUUUCGUUCCAAGUCGGUGUAUUGCUCGCCUCUGCGGAAGUCACUGGGCGCAACUGCUUCGUUGAGGAUCAACGGGAGCGAGCCAAUUCGCUGUGAAAAGGCAUCGCAUUUUUUGGAAGCAGCUCGUUCUACAGCCAACUUUCUAGAGAAGAGUAGCAUCCUAAAUGACUUGUCUGCUUUGGACAUCGCGGAUGACGUGGAGGGUCUGGAUGAGGAAAAGUGGAAUCUUCAAGUUGUUCAGAAAAGGUUGCAGGUGAGGGAAGCCUUCAUCGUGGAAAGUUUCGCCACACGUCGCUUAAAGGAAUGCCUUCAACAGCCAACCGACGACGAGCGACGAUGGCCCAUUAUCGAAGAUGCAGUGGAAGCAGGCGAAAUUGCGCUUCCAAAGCUGAAAGAAGCACAGCUGAGUCAAUCCAAAAAACUCGCUGGACGACUCAAGAUGACUUUGAAUCAAUGGCAGCUGGGGGUCAUGAAUCGCUUGGAUGAGGUCGUUGAGGCCCAAGACCUCGAGCUGCUGGAGGAUCUGCAUCCAUGGAUUGAGCGCAGCCGCCUGGAUCAGCGGCCCGAUGCAGCGUCCCUGUUGCAGGAAAUUGAUCGUUUGCUCAAUGCCUUCGAUGCUCUCAAGACGGCAUUGGAGGUGGGCACAGGUCCAGCCUUUCGCGCAGCUCUGUGGGCUUCCGAAGAAGCUGGGCUUCGAGCAGAUCGCUGCGAGAUGUUGCAGCGGGUUGAUCUUGGCUAUGGGCCGAUUCGUAGCCGAAAUACUGCGCGCUGGGCGAUGUUGGGAGCGUGUGCUGCUGGCAGCAAAGUGCUCCUGGAGGGUGCCCUUCCUGCUUGUGAAGAAGCUGGACUGAACGUGGAGCCCAUCCAGAACGCACUCGGCAAAUUCGAUAGCCGAUUCUUUGAGAGAUUGUCCCAACUGGCUCAGCUGACUCGAGCGGCGAGAACCGAAGAUGUGAAGCAACUGGAGGCUGCUCUAUCAAAAUGCAAGCUGGAUGAGAGCAAACUUGGGAAGAAAACCGAUUUGGAAAAACUCGUGGCAGAGGUGCGCUCUGGAGCCUUGCAGACCCUCUUCGAUGCCAAGCAAAAAGCCAAAGUGCAUGAAGAAAUCAAGGUCUCUUUAACCAAGAGCAGCACCCAAGUGCUGAAAGAUUUGCCAACGAAGAUGAAGGAAGCGGCCAAGCUGAGGAUGUCACAAGAUCUCCGCCAAGCCUCUAGCACGUAUCGUCGGGCUUUGCUGGAGAACCAAAUCAAAAGUGCCAUCAGCUUGUCGGACUCUCAUGCCUUGCGGAGCGUUCUCGCAAAAGCUGAGCAUUCUGACCUCGAAGGCAUGGAGGAGAUCUUGACCAGUGGCCGUGCAGCACUACAUGAGAUGUCGCACUUGGAGGCUGCGCGGGCAAUCGUCAGUGGAGCCGUGAGCGUAAAAGACUUGGAGACUGACUUCGACAAGCUGAUCAAGGAUAACUUCCCUGACGGACUGAAGCCACAAAGCUCUCUACGACGAGUGCAGGCGGAAUUUGGUUCCAUGAAAGCCAAGCUGGAGGAACUUCAAACCCUUUUGGAGACUCCCUUGGCAUUUGAAAACAACAACACCCUCUUGCAGGAGACAGGGAUGAGACAGAUGCGUUUGGUGUUGGACAUCCUGCGGGUGCACCCGUACUUCGCCAUCUCCAUUGAAUAUGGACAAGCACACCUCGCAGGCGAAAGAGCCAAAGCUGUUCUGGAGCUCUUCAAGAAGGGCUGCCGAAAUCCACUGUCAAAGAAACAGCUCAAGGAGAAGUCAAAGGUCGUGAGAAUGAGUUGCCAAAUGGACAAGUGCACCCCAGAGCUCAAAUCGACUUUGGGCAAAAUGCUCAUCAAGUGUGCAAUUUAGAUGCCUUCGGGACGAAUGGCUGAUGCUCUGAGCACGGAAAAUGUCACAGUGACACAGUGGUAAAUGUCGCAAUACACAUUCAAAUGUGGUCGAGAACUGUCACGGAGCAGCUUCAAAGAAGCACUUCUGUGACUUUGUUGGUCUGAAAUGGCUAUGAUAUCUAUGAUCGUGCUCUUUGGCCUGAAAUGCAACUGCUCAGUGAUAU